UGUCUGAAACCUUUGACCUGAGGACUUCACCUAGUGCACAACAUCUUCCCAUCCUUAAGGCUGAUUUCCUGACUGCAGUGAUGGAGGGCAACAUGUGGAUCUUUGCAACACUGGGUCUAAUCAUUUGCUGGAUUAUGCCUGUUGACUCCAUGGCGAUACGUUUUAACUUCACUCUGCGAGAAGCCAACAUCCCAUUGAGCAUGGUUGAAGAUUCGGUUGAUGACAUGUAUUUUGGCUGCAAUGAACAAAUGAUGACAAUAGUGAAGGACAAAUUCCUUCCAGAAGAAAAAUCUGUGAAACAUUUUGGAAAACACUGGAGUGCGGCACAAUCUUGUGCAAAAAAGAAAUUUGAUCAGAGAGAGGAUAAGGCUCUAACCAUAGAUCACAUUAGUGCAAUCUGUGUUUACACAGCUAACAAUGUUUACGAGGAAUUUAAUACUGCAGUCCGGACAAAAGGGAGGUCCUAUCUCUCCUUAUUCAAAUACCACUAUUUACAUUACCUGCUGACAUCUGCCAUACAGAUCUUGAAUAACAACGACUACUGUCACUCUACUUUCAGACGAACCAAAUGUAUAGUUACUGGCAAAGUCAACCAAAUAAUUCGGUUUGGCUCCUUUACCUCAACAUCUUACAAACCAUACUUGACGCACUUCGGUAAUGAGACCUGCUUCAAAAUUAAGACCUGUUUAGGCGCAUCUCUGAAAAAUUAUCCAGUCCUACGUGAUCACGAGGCAGAGGUUCUCAUUCCUCCCUAUGAGACAUUCAAGAUAACUGAGAUAAUCAAAGGUCGGGACAAAAUUCAAGGUCUGGGGGAUUGUGAAGUUGUCUUUGUCUUGGUGAGUGCAGGGACCAAGAGCUCUCUGAACUGCAAUGUUGUGCAUUUGAAAUGAAGCUGUAUUGGUCCAAAAAUGGAAAAUGCUAUGUCCAUCUUUAAACCUUCUAACUAUCUUUUCAUAAAUGAAUUAGUUACACAGUGUUAAACAUGGCUUUAUAUUCUUUACGCUGCUUAAUUCUAAUGCUCAGGCUUUGUUCAAUCAUUGUAGACUUGUUUAAUCCACUUAUCCAGCAAUGUGGUAUAUUUUCUUUGUCCAAUUACUAAGAUACUUUUAAGACCUGUAUUGUUGUAAUUUUCAAAAAUAAACCUACAACUCAUUAAACUGUCAAAAA